UUGCAGGUCCACUUUGCAGUGAAAUUACCUGGCUUAACCCUAUAGACUCUGCAUCACAACACAACACACAAGGCCUAUCUCACAAACCCACAUGCCAGUAAGCUUAAAAAAUGUCCUGAGGUUCUUCUUUGGGCUUAGAUUUGUUUAUGGUGACUGACAUGAUACUCUUGAUUGAUACCAUAUGAUUUAAGCCUAAAGCUCCAAUUUUGGAGAGUCGUCUCUUACUUUCCCUAGAAAAUUAUGGGCUGGGUUUUCUUUGAAAUCAAACAGGACGACUUUCUUUCUCCGUCACAGCCACCAUAUUCGAUCUCUCAGCCACCUCCACCUCUGCCAGUGGAUCUUCAAUCCGGUGGUUUGAAUUUUAACAACAAGGUAAGCCCAAGUAUAUUGCUUAUCAUCAUAAUUAUUGCAAUCAUUUUCUUUAUCUCUGGUUUGCUUCACCUCCUUGUUAGAUACCUAUUAAGACCUCAAAACAGAGACCCAGAUGAUUUGGACAACGUGACUGCCCUUCAAGGUCAGUUACAGCAACUCUUCCACCUCCAUGAUUCUGGUGUGGACCAGUCCUUCAUAGACACCCUUCCUGUCUUCAACUACAAAGCAAUUAUUGGUGUGAAAAACCCCUUUGAUUGUGCUGUUUGUUUGUGUGAAUUUGAGCCUGAAGAUAAGCUCAGGUUGUUGCCCAAAUGCAGCCAUGCCUUUCACAUGGAGUGUAUAGACACAUGGCUCUUGUCUCACUCCACUUGCCCUCUCUGUAGAGCUACUCUGCUUCCUGAUUUCUCACCAAACCAUUACUGCUCUUCACCAAUAGUCCUUGUUCUUGAAUCUGGCAGUGACAGUUCAAGAGAGAUUGUCUCAGACAGAGAUGGUCCUUUGGGCACCACCAAUUCAAUAGCAAGAGCAAAUUCCCAUCUGGGUUUUCACUGUAGGAAUGAAUUUGGCUCAUCCGGCCGCACAUCAUGCGAAAUUCCUGGAAAAACUCAACAAACAAUGGUGGGUUCAGAAGAGCAAGUAGUGGCUGUUAAGCUGGGAAAAUUUAGAAAUGUGGAUGGUGGAGGUGAAGGUAGUAGUAGUAACAAUAAUGUUGAUGCAAGAAGGUGCUUCUCUAUGGGGUCUUUUGCAUAUGUAAUGGAUGAGAAUUCGUCAUUGCAAGUACCCAUUCGAACCCCAGUGAAGAAACAAUCAAGCAAGAAAUCUUCUCUGCCAUUGACACCCGGUCAUAAGCCUGCAAUGUCAGAGUGUGAUUGUGAUUCUAGAAGAGACUUUAAUGGUUCUGAUCCGUUUAAAAGUGUUCAAGUUCAUGGAAUUGGUACUGGUGGUAGUAGUACUAGUAAUGGGAAUGGUAAUGGCAAUGGCAAUGACAAUGACAAUGCUAUUGGGAGGAGCAAGAGAGAGAGCUUUUCAGUAUCCAAGAUUUGGAUGAGGGCAAAGAAGGAGAAGCCUCAUCCAAUGGGUAUGGAGGUGUCGAGACGGGCUUUAUCGUUCCGGUUUCCAGUGCACCGGAGUGUUGUUUCCGGUGAUGACAUGAACCCUAAGAGUGGUGGGAGUGGUACCAGGAGGACCAUCUCUGAGAUUGCAAUUGGGAGGUGGGAAAAUGGAGGAGGGAGUGAAUUGGGUUGUGACGAGGAAAAUCAGAGCUGCAACAGUUUGGCUUCUCAACCAAAAACACCGUCUUUUGCAAAGAGGACUAUGCUUUGGCUUGUGGGAAGACAAAACAAGGUGGUUCACUCAUCUGUCUCACCCAAUGUCUAAUUCUUUUUUUCCUUUUCUUUUUCUUAAGGUUUUAGAUACGAUUUCUCUUAUGUAAUUUCUUUAUUCUGGAAGGCAAAAUUAGAAGAUGGUUGAUAUAAAGAAAAAGAAGGGGGAAAAAAGAAUGGAACUAUCAAUAGAUCUUGAACACAACAAUGUAUGCAUUUUCACUUUGAAAUUUGAGAAUAUUUGGCCUCCUUACCCAUAAUGAAAUUUGAGAAUUGUUCUACAAA